GGCUAUUACGACUGGGUGAAGGAGCACAUCCACGAAGGCGCGCCGAUUAACGAGUGCGACCACUGCGGGGAUCCUCCGCUCGUGCUCGCGGCGGGCAACGGGCACACGAAGGUUGUCGAACUGUUGCUCAACGAAGGCGCUGACAUUCAACAGAGCGGAUUGAUGAAAGAUACUGGGUUGCAGCGCGCGGCGCACAACGGACACUAUCACACGGUGAAGUUCAUGCUCGAGCAAGGCGCGGACGUGGACGCGCUGGAUAUGGGCGACAACACCGCGCUGCACUGGGCGGCGAUGCGUGGACACGUGGAAAUCGUCAAUCUCUUGCUACAAAAUGGUGCGGACAAGAACAUCAAGAACAAACAAGAGUGCUUGCCCAUCGAUCUUUGCAAGGCUGUGUGGAGUAACUCGUACAAGUACGUGCGCGAAAUCCUCGCCCACUAA